UUUGCCAACUCAAAAAUGUCCGAAGUGACCCCCGUGACGAACCGCCCGCAGGUUGCGAUCUUGGACUUUGGGUCCCAGUACAGCCACUUGAUUGCUCGUCGCGUGCGCGAACUGCACGUCUUUUGCGAGCUCUACUCGUGCCUCGUGACGGUCGAAGAGCUCCGCAAGCACGAGCUCACGGGUAUCAUCCUCUCGGGCGGCCCCAACUCGGUCUACGAAGAGGGUGCGCCGCACGUCCGCCCCGAAGUGUGGAAGUUCAUUGAGGAGCUCAAGCUCCCCGUGCUCGGCAUCUGCUACGGCAUGCAGGAACUCGCGUACACGUUCGGCGGCGAAGUCUCGCGCGGUGUCCGCCGCGAGUACGGCAAGGCCAUGGUCAAGACGCACAAGGAGGCCGCCAACAACUCGCUCGGCUUCUUGAACGGCCUCACGGAGGAAGACUUCCAGGUGUGGAUGUCGCACGGCGACAAGCUCACCAAGACCCCGAUCGGCUUUGUUGACGUUGCGUACACGGCCAACUCGGAGCACGCUGCGAUCGCCAACAUCGAGAAGAAGUACUUUGGCAUCCAGUUCCACCCUGAGGUCACGCACUCGCCGCUCGGCAAGAAGCUCCUCAGCAACUUCGUCGUCGACAUCUGCAAGUCGCCCACGGACUGGGACAUGCGCAACAUCGCCGAAGUCUUCAUCCAGGAGGUCCGUGAAAAGGUCGGCCCCCACGGCCACGUCAUCGGUGCCGUCAGCGGUGGCGUCGACUCGUCUGUCGCGGCUGCCUUGUUGCACCGCGCGAUUGGCGACCGCUUCCACGCCGUUCUCAUUGACAACGGUCUCCUUCGCCUCGGCGAGGCUGAAGAGGUCGUGGACCGCCUCCAGCGCCACUUGGGCAUCAACUUGCACUGCAUCAACGCCGAGGACCGCUUCCUCGCCGCGCUCAAGGGCAUCGACGAGCCUGAGACGAAGCGCAAGCGCAUCGGCAACCUCUUCAUCGACCUCUUCCAGGAAGAAGCCGCGCGCAUCAACCACCCGGUGGACUACCUCCUCCAGGGCACGCUCUACCCGGAUGUGAUCGAGUCAAUCUCGUACAAGGGCCCGUCAGCGACCAUCAAGACGCACCACAACGUCGGCGGUCUUCCGGACACGAUGCACCUCAAGCUCAUUGAGCCGCUCCGCGAGCUCUUCAAGGACGAAGUCCGCGAGCUCGGUAUGGUCCUCGGCAUUGAGGAAGAGAGCGUGUGGCGCCACCCGUUCCCGGGUCCGGGCCUCGCCAUCCGCGUCCUCGGCGAAGUGACCAAGGAAGGUCUCGAUAUUGUGCGCCAGGCCGAUGCCAUCUUCCUCGAAGAGCUCCGCAAGCACGGCCACUACCGCUCGACGGGCCAGGCGUUCUGCGUCCUCCUUCCCGUCAAGUCGGUCGGCGUCAUGGGCGAUGGCCGCACGUACGAAAAGGUCAUUGCGAUCCGCGCCGUGAGCACGUCGGACUUUAUGACGGCCGACUGGUACCACAUGCCCCACGACCUCCUCGCCAUCAUGUCGAGCCGCAUCAUCAACGAAGUGCGUGGCGUCAACCGCGUCGUCUACGACAUCUCGUCCAAGCCGCCGGCCACGAUCGAGUGGGAAUAAAUCCUCUUACCUUAGACACGAUCGUUAUCUUCAGCAUGAUUGAUUCUUUGACCUAUUGUAUCCUAUAAACCUCAAAACUCAAUUUCCAUUCAUGCAUGCUGCCCA